UUGAGCAGUUUACGUGUUAUUGCAUCUAGCUUUAGAGACGCGGUGUCUGUUUGAGGGCGGAUUUUUGUCAUUUGAUUUAUGUUCUUUGACCUCCAACAGUCUUUUCUGUGCAUGAGAGGCAUCUCCUUUUAGUUGAUUAGUUCGUUCAUCUUUUGACUUCUCAUCCCUCCAUCGCUCAGAGGUUGUUUUUUGACCUUUUUGCACCAUGUGGGAGUUCAGAUCUAUGUCGUUCUGGCGGGCGGUGUUUGCCGAGUUCUAUGGCACCAUGUUCUUCGUAUUCUUUGGGCUGGGGGCAGCCCUCCGCUGGACCACCGGGCCGCUUAAUGUCCUCCAUGUUUCAUUUUGCUUUGGGCUGGCGGCUGCCACCCUCAUCCAGUCCAUUGGCCACAUCAGCGGAGGUCACAUUAACCCAGCCGUUACCUUUGCCUACCUGAUUGGCUCCCAGAUGUCCCUGUUCCGUGCCUUCUUCUACAUCAUAGCCCAGUGUCUCGGAGCAAUGGCUGGUGCUGCCGUGCUGUAUGGGGUCACACCCAGCAACAUGAGGGGAAACCUGGCACUCAACACGCUGCAGCCAGGCAUCAGUCUGGGCAUGGCCACCACCAUGGAAGUCUUCCUCACCCUGCAGCUUGUUGUCUGCAUCUUUGCUGUGACUGAUGAGAGGCGCAACGGACGUCUGGGCUCUGCUGCCCUCGCCAUCGGCUUCUCUGUGCUCAUGGGGCACCUUCUCGGGAUGUACUACACUGGAGCAGGAAUGAACCCAGCAAGGUCCUUCGCCCCCGCUGUCCUGGUCAGGAAUUUUGUCAACCACUGGGUGUACUGGGUGGGUCCCAUGAUCGGUGGAGCCCUGGGUGCGCUGCUGUAUGACUUUAUGCUGUUCCCCCGUAUGCGAGGCCUCUCCGAGAGGCUUGCCACGCUGAAGGGCAUCCGACCCCCAGAGGCUGAGGGCCAGCAGGAGACCAGGGGAGAGCCCAUCGAGCUCAAGACACAAGCUCUAUAA